AUUCAGACUUGUUGCGAAAUCGAUAAUGGCUACCUCAACUUCUGUACAAUUUACGGUUGGGAAACUCGACGCAGGAAUGGCGAUCUUAUUAACAGAAGAUCACCAUUUAAUAGAGUUUCCAUCAUUAUUACUUCCACCGGGAGUAACAUCUGGUAGUAUAGUAAAUAUAGGAGUAAAUCGUAAUUAUGAUCAAGAAGCAGCACAAAGUAAAGAGUUUUGGGAAUUGCAAGAAGCAAUUCUUAAGGAAUUUGGACGUAAUAAACCAGAACCGCCACGUCUUCACAUAAAACAUAUUACUCAAACAUCAGUCAUACUAGAAUGGGAGCCAUUAGUUUUACAUCAAGCAAAAUUAAAAGCAUUAAACAUUUAUCGUAAUGGAGAAAGAUUAAGUCAACACGCUCCAAUAGGUAUUAAUUAUAUUAAAUUAAGUGGAUUGGAUAUGAAUCAUGAUUAUGAAUUUUACAUUACAAUUCAAACUACAGCUGGUACUUUUACUUCUGAUAAUAUUAAGGUUAAAACUCAUACUAUAGAAAAUUUAACUGGUAUUAAUGUUUGUUUUGGUAUUUUAAAUGGGAAUGAUGAAAAUGAACAAGAUGGUGAUAAUCCUUCCCAUAGUAAACAAGAAUUGAUUGAAAUUUUAGAAAGAAUUGAUGCUAAAUAUAGUGAACAUGUUGGUCCUGAUACAACUCAUUUAUUAUGUAAUAUUCAAGGUGGUCCUGAAUAUCAAAAAGCUUUAGAAGGUUCUAUUCCUAUUGUUAAACCUGAAUGGUUGAUUGCUUGCGAAAAAACUGGUGUAAUACAAGCAGCUUUACCUUAUUAUCUUGUUCCUCAAACUCCCGUUUCUGAAGAGAGUAGCAGAUAAAUUAUUAAUAUUGACUUUUGGCUUAAUAUUAGCUUUAAAUAGUUUUGAAUAAAUAUAUUUGGAAAUUAUAAUAUUAAUUAUAUUAAUCGAUUAAUGGGAUUAGAAAGUAUAUUUAAAUUAAUAGUAAUUAAUUUUUUAUUUUUAUUUUUUUUCUUUACAAUUUGGAUAUAAAUUUAAUUAUCAAAUGAAUAAGUGAAAUGUAUUAAG